AUGUCUUCAUAUCAAUUAUAUAUGGGAAAAAGAACGAUAAAAGAUCUUGAUAGUUGUUACGAACCUAGGACUCAUCCAGAGAUAAUCACAACUGGGCCACCAAUUCAAGAUAUCACGGAACCGAGUGCAAGAUAUGAUUCUCUGCUUAAUGAAGAAACUAAAACUUUUGAUAAACUACAAGAAUUAGAAAAAUGUAUGUUUGAUAGUGGUAUUAUUGAUGAAAUAGAAUGUGAGUUAUAUAAUUUGUAUAAAUUAUUUUGA